AAUGCUUGGUUCUUAAAAUUUAGAUACAAAACCAAUUGGUGAUAAGUAUAUUUUAUACAGGAAAAAAAUGAUAGGAGCAGUAAUAAAUAAUUUGAAAAUAGGGCGCUUUUGCUUAAGUUUUUGAAGGUUUUGUAAAAGGAAAGGCAUAAGAGAAAGUGGCCAUAAAGGUUCUCCAAAGUUUGCCUGCGAAUUCUCCAGGUUAAACAAUAGAGAAAAUGAAGACAUUAUAUAAGAGAGAACGUGAGAUUCACUGCAAUAUCGACAGCGAGCAUGUUGUGAAGUAUCAAAUAUAAAUAGUAAUUAGAAUGAUAGAUGUAGUUGUAUGUGAUCAAUCGACAAACCUAAUAUUAGAGCUUUGUGAAGAGGGAAACCUAAAUAAGUUAUUGAAUCGAUAACAAAAGAGACAAUUGAGCCAAGAACGUGCCUAUCAGAUCUUUUGUCAAAUAGUGGAGGGCUAUAAAUCGUUAUACAAUUUGAAGACUCUUCAUCGAGAUUUGAAGCCAGAAAAUAUACUAUUCUCUAAGGGUGUAGCUAAGAUAGCAGAUUUUGGAUUUGCGAAGAUAAUAGAGGAAAUGGAUUUAGCCGUAGAUUAAACUGUUGUUGGCACACUCUUGUAUCAAGCACCAGAGAUGAUGGUUAGUUCAAAAUAUUCAUCUAAAGUCGAUAUUUGGUCUUUGGGAGUCAUCUUUUAUGAAAUGCUAUAUGGAGUUGUUCCUUAUAUUGAUAAUCAUCCAAAUAGAUUACAUAAGAAGAUAACAACAGAACCACUUAAAUUCCCUCAAGAAGUUUAAAUAAACGAAUCUUACAAAAACUUAUUAACAAAAAUGCUAAAGGUAGACCCAGAAGCGAGAAUUAGAUGGGAUGAUUUAUUCUUAUUUUUGUCAAAGGACACUGCUUUUUAGGUUGCGGGCAAUGAAAAUUUGAGUAUGGCAUCAACUCACAUGAGUGAAAGUGAGAGAUUUAAAUCCGAUUAUAUAAAGGUUGAAUAAUAGAUAAAUAAGAUUGAUGAAAUGAAGGACUACUUUGAUUAUGUCCAGAGAAUAUUCUCAUUUUCUAAUAAUAAUACUACUCGACUAUUCUUUACAUUACAAGAGAAACUUUAAAUACAUCAGUCUAUGUAAAUUUUGUUUAGUUUAACAUCAACUAAGUAUUUAUUAAAUGAGUAUAAUUUUUAUUUGUAAAUCUUACAAGGCAAUGUAUUGAUAUUCAUUAAACUUUUUAGCUUUCUCCAGGUGAAAUAAAUUUCAAGGAGAAUGACAUCAAAAUAUUUUAAACGGAUUAAGCCAAAUAUUACAAAGUAUUAAACUAUUUUAAAACCAAUCAAGAAUAAAUGAACUCUUUUUACAAUGAAAAAUUAUUACCUUAAUUUAUGAAAUUAAAAGCUGCUGAUUAGAAUAAUUCACUUGUAAGAUAAUUUCAUAUAACCAUAUUUAGGUACAAAUUGUAGCUGAAUUAGUUCAAAAUAAUUAGAGAAAUAAAAGAUCACAGGAAAUCUUUAACAAAAUGUACAUAUAAUUUAUAGAUGAAAUCACCAAGUCAAUCAAAAAAAGACAAAUCACUGAUGAAGCUACUUUAAGACAGAUUUACACAUUGUAAAUUAACAUGUACUUCUCACUUCAUCCUUAGAAGUUUAUCUAAAACGAAUUUGAACCAAAAAAUUUAGAAAGCGAAAUAAUUCAAUCAUCAACUCAAAAAUUGGAAAAUAGGGUUUAUGAACUAAACGUCAUGUAUUCUGCUCUAAUAAAAUGA